CCAGCCAUGCCGAAGGAACAGAUCCGCAAGCGCGGCAAGCGCAAGCCCAAGACAGAGCAGGAGUCUGCUCCGGUGACUGCUUCAGUGCCGACCUUCGCUGCUCCAGUUCCUGCUGCCGAGCCAGCGCAGGAGGCGGCGCAUGGCGGCAUUCACCCUUCUCGUCUUCAGUUCCUCAAAACUGGCCAGCGACCAGCGCCUCCACCCCGGCCUGAAGGGGAAGCCGAGGGCGAGCCAGCCGGAGAAGAAGAGGGCGUGGCGGACUGGACGCGUGGACCGCGACACGACUCCGAGUUCCCAUUCGGCGUGCUUGACCCCGAUGUCAAGGCGUACUUCCGCAAUGUUGAGGAUCAGAUCAAGGAUUGGGAGGGCGUGGGGAGCGUGGGAGAGGAGCGAGAAGAUCGCCAGCUGUUCCUAACGUCGGUGCUGUCUGAAUUGCGAGGGCACGAGCUGCAAGUCUCGACCGAUCCCGACGUCGCGGUCGUGUUCGAGCGCCUUCUGCCAUCCCUCAACGACUGGGGGCGGCGAGUUGUUGGAGACGCAGUUGGGGAGAACUGGGAGACGCUCAUUCGGCAUCGCUUCGGGAGCCACGUUGCGCAGACGUGGCUCACGCUUGCCGCGGGCACACUGGACCGCGAGGCGCGUAACAUCUACCCCCCACAACAUAUCAAGCAACAGAAGGAGAGGGACACCGUUGAGGGUGUUCUCCCUACCAUGGCCGAGCUCACCGCCACCGUCGUCCGGUGCCUACAGCCGACGCUUCCCGCGCUGUUGACGCAGGCGCACGCAUCGCCAAACGUCCGCCUGCUCUUGCUCGUGUUGACGCCGGACCGCGCACUGCCAUCUCUUGACGCGCGCGAGGGCGGUGCCGAUCUUGUCCGCUCCAAGCGCUCCGGGAAGUGGCGUAAGGGGCAGGGCGUGCAGGGCAAGAGCAUCCUGGGCGACGAGCCUGCGACUGCUGAGAAGCGUGCCGUUCCCGAGCCGGUAGUUGCGCUGCGCCGGGAAAUCCGUGAGGGGCUCAUGGAGCGGAUCGCCCCGGUCGAGUGGCAGGGCAUGGGCGUGAGCGCGGUGGGCGGUCCCGCUGUGCAGCUCCUCCUGCACUGCGAGGUCGAGGAUGGCGCGGUGGCCGAGGGCUCGCUCUUCGAUAUUCUCACUGAGGGACUAGUGGGCGCCGUCGAGCGCAAAAAGGAAGCCAAGAAGGACAAGGACGGCAAGAAGGAGAAGAUCAAGCCCCAGCCUUACCUCUCCGCGCAGGUCGUCAGCCAAACGGGCACACGCCUGCUGGAAGCCCUGCUGACGCUGGCGCCGAAGCGCGUUUUCAAGGCUAUCUGGAAGACAUACUUCACCGGGAAGCUCGGCAAGCUCGCCGCGCACCCGUACGCAAACUAUGCUGUGGCGGCGGGCAUCGGGCGCCUGGACGCCGCGGGCAUGCAGGAGGCCAUCUCAGAGAUCCAAGGCAGUUCGGGUGGGCGCGGCCUCGUAAAGACUGGCCGCACGGCGGCGCUGCUGGCGCUCGCCCGCCGCGCCGCCUCGCUUCCCGACACCAUCCCGGCCGUCGAGGGCCUCGUGAUCAGCGCCCUGGACCUCGGGUCGGAAACUGCCAUGCUCGUGCCGUGCAUGCUGGCGAUGAAGACCAGACCAGUAUAUGUCGCGCUGCUCGCAGGCGAGGACGCACCCGACUCGGACUCGGAGGACAUCGAGAAGGACGAGGACGCGGAAGCGCUCGCGGCGGCCAAGGCGCGCCGCUCGGCAUGGGAGAACCGCCGCGAGCGGCGCGGCGGCAAGCUCGACCCCUCCCUCCCCGGCUGCUUGGUACUGCAGGCCCUCGUCGCCCUGCCGUCGACGGCCACGCUCGACAGCCUCCUCUCCCAGUCGGCCGACACGCUGCUCGCGUACGCGUCGUCCCCCAUCGCCUCGCACCUUCUAGACAGGGUCCUCACCGCACCCGCCGUGCAGGCCAAGUACCGCCGCAAGCUCAUGCUCGCGCUUAUGGGGCAGUACGAGGUGCUCGCGCAGGACCGGUUGGGGUCGCGCGUCGCGGACACGGUGUGGGCCACCGCGGACGGGUUUAUGCGUGAGAAGAUCGCCAAGUCGCUCAUUCCGCAUGCGACCGCCCUCGGGAAUAGCCAGUACGGGCGCUUCUUCGCGCGCAAGCUCGACCUGCAUCUCCUCCAGCGGCGGCCGGAUGAGUGGCGCGAAAGCGUGCUGGGUGUGAGGCACCACUUCGCCCACCAGAAGGACGAGGUGCCGCCCCCAGCCCCACAGCCCCAGGAAGAGAGUGAGGAAAGGAAAAAGCGCAAGGAGAAGAAGCGCGAGCGCGACGAGAUCGACGACGUGUUUGCCGCCGUUGAGAAGAAGCGCAAGCACAAGAGCAAGUAGACUGGUACCGGGGCUUCAUAGACUAUGCACUGUAUAACAGCAUGAGAAUUGGUGGCG